CUUGCGACUCGCUAACCAACAGUAGAAGAAGUCUGCUUGAAGCGUCACCGCAGGACCAAGCGGGAAGGAGCGGGCAGAGGUGAAGCGGUGUGAAAGCAGUGGCUAUUUUCUUCUAUUAUUUAGCUAGCAGGCAGACUACAAGAGCUAGCUAAAUAAGGGGCGACUGAAGACGGAACAUGCCGCGGGAAAUCAUAACGCUUCAGCUCGGACAGUGCGGAAACCAAAUCGGAUUUGAGUUUUGGAAGCAGCUGUGUGCUGAGCAUGGCAUCAGUCCAGAGGGGAUUGUUGAGGAGUUUGCUACAGAAGGGACCGACAGAAAGGAUGUAUUCUUCUAUCAGGCUGACGAUGAGCACUACAUCCCGCGUGCAGUUCUCCUCGACUUAGAGCCCCGCGUGAUCCACUCCAUCCUUAACUCACCAUAUGCAAACCUGUACAACCCAGAGAACAUCUACCUGUCUGAGCAUGGUGGGGGUGCCGGGAACAACUGGGCUAGUGGCUAUGCACAGGGAAAAAAAAUUCAAGAAGACAUCUUCGACAUUAUUGACAGAGAGGCAGAUGGCAGCGACAGUUUGGAGGGAUUUGUCCUGUGUCACUCGAUUGCUGGGGGGACAGGCUCGGGGCUUGGAUCCUAUCUCCUGGAGAGGCUCAAUGACAGGUACCCAAAGAAGCUGGUACAGACUUACUCAGUCUUCCCAAACCAGGAUGAGAUGAGUGAUGUGGUUGUUCAGCCAUACAACUCACUGCUGACGUUGAAGAGACUCACUCAGAAUGCAGACUGCGUGGUGGUUUUGGAUAACACCGCUCUAAAUCGGAUUGCCACCGACAGGCUGCAUAUCCAGAACCCCUCAUUCUCCCAGAUCAAUCAGCUGGUUUCCACCAUUAUGUCUGCAAGCACAACCACUCUGCGCUACCCAGGCUAUAUGAACAAUGACCUUAUUGGCCUGAUUGCAUCUCUCAUCCCCACACCCCGUCUCCACUUCCUUAUGACUGGAUACACACCUCUCACUACUGACCAGUCGGUUGCUAGUGUGAGGAAAACCACAGUGCUGGACGUGAUGAGGAGACUCCUACAACCCAAGAAUGUGAUGGUGUCCACAGGAAGAGAGAGGCAGCCUAGCCACUGCUACAUCGCCAUCCUCAACAUUAUCCAGGGGGAGGUCGACCCAACACAGGUGCAUAAAAGCCUCCAGAGGAUCCGGGAACGUAAACUUGCCAGUUUUAUUCCCUGGGGUCCUGCCAGCAUCCAGGUGGCUCUGUCCAGAAAGUCCCCGUACCUGCCCUCAGCUCACCGAGUCAGCGGCCUGAUGAUGGCCAACCACACAAGUAUCUCCUCUUUGUUUGAGCGGACAUGCAGGCAGUACGACAAACUGCGUAAGCGCGAGGCCUUCCUGGAGCAGUUCCGCAAAGAGGACAUAUUCAAGGACAACUUUGAUGAGCUGGACAACUCGAGGGAAGUUGUCCAACAGCUGGUAGACGAGUACAGCGCAGCAACAAGGCCUGACUAUAUUUCCUGGGGCACGCAAGAACAGUGAACAGACUUUGUGUUUUAUACUUAAUUCUCGCUUCUGGACACCCUCCAAAAAUAGUUUUCUUUCAUACAGAUAUCACAGAAUAGUUAUUUGGCUAUAACUGCUUUUCUGGAUAAAAACUAUAUUUAUUGGCUUGCUUUAACAUGUAAUAACAUAGUGUUUGUGUCUCCAAAUUAGAGACUUUCAUGACUAUUAACCAGAAAAAGUAAAUGCAUCACAUCCUGGAGAUUCUGAACCCCCAGUUUAUAUGAAGUGUUAUCAACCUUAACAGCUCUGUGAAAUAAAAGAGCACUAAUUAUAGAAAAUCCUGUACAAAGCAUCAACAGCUGGUGUCUCCAAAACAUCUGUAAAUGUAUAUACCCGUUUCUGUAUUUCUAUUGUUUAUCUCUUGCAGCAAUGUUAUUUACAGUUAUCCUCAGUCUAAAUCAACAUUUUGCCUUGUUUUCGUCUAUUUUUAUACAAAGUACAGUACUUUAGUUUUUGUGCACUUGGUAGGCAGAGAGAUGUCCUUGCAUAUAGAUGGAACUGACAGAAAGCAGUAGCAUGCUGGUUAAUGUGGUGCGCUGUACCAUCUGUCUGCUGCUGAUACACAGUGCUCAUUUGUUAUCACAGUACAUGACCAACAAGAAUGUCAAGUUGAAGUUGGAUUGGAGCCAUAAAUGGUGUUGAAAUACCUGCCAUAAAAACAGCAUUGACAUUUUAACAGCAUUUGUCCGCUAAAGAAAAUUAGUUUGUGCAGUUGAACACAGUACAAGGAUAUAUCUCAUUUAAACACUUCAUCGCUAUGCCUGUAAAUAUUCUUGAUUCACUGGCUUCCCCUGUGUUGUCUAAAAGUGAAUAUACUGAUACAUUUCGCUUGCCUGUUGGACCUGUUUUAAACUGAAUAAAAACAUUUUCUAUUAUUUUAAUUCUUACUUGAAAUGUCUCCGAUGUUAUCUGACGACACACCUGGUCGGUUGUAUGAGAAUGGAAUGGAGCUGUGCUCCUGAUGUUUGUUCAUGCGACUAAUUAAACAGCGCAUAACCACAGGGCAACAAAGACAGUUGGCAUUACUUGUUCAACCAGCUAUUCUUAUAAACCAGUAAAAAAGCGUUGGCACUAACAGCACAGCUGAGUUAGCUCAAAACUACAGGAAGACAAUAGUCCUAAUGCUUCACUAAUGCUUCACACAUUCUACUGUAUAUAGUAUUCUAUUUUU